AUGCCGAAACCGUUCUAUGUGACGACGCCGAUCUUUUACGUGAAUGCUGAGCCGCACAUUGGGCACUUGCACUCCAGUGUAAUGGCAGACGUGCUUCGUCGGUAUGCGGAACUACGGUAUCGCGGAUGGUCAACCUAUGGCACUAUACCCAACGACGAAACGACACGCGCACUUAUGACAACAGGUACAGAUGAGCAUGGACUUAAAAUUCAGCGCGUCGCCGAAACAAUGGGAGUGGAACCACGAGCACUAUGUGAUCGUGUGAGUCAGCGUUUCGAAGCACUCGCACGUGCAGCCGACAUUGAGCCGACACGCUUCAUUCGCACGACUGAGGACACCCACAUUGCAGCCGUACAACAUGUCUGGAAUAAACUUGCUUGUCAUGGACACAUCUACUUGGGUGAACACCAAGGCUGGUAUGCCGUAUCGGACGAGGCUUUUUAUCCAGAGUCCCAAAUCUGUGCGACCAAGCAACAGUCUGGCUCGUCGUCUGAGACAGUUUACACAUCCAUCGAGACAGGCCAGCGAGUAGAGUGGACGACCGAGACCAACUACAAGUUCCGUCUCUCGGCCUUUCAACAGCCAUUACUUGACUGGCUCGAGAACAAUCGCGAAGUGAUCCAGCCUUCAAAUAUGUACGACCACGUCCUGGCCGAGGUGCGCUCAGGUUUACAGGACCUGUCGAUUUCUCGUCUGCGUUCGCGUCUUACUUGGGGUAUUCCUGUGCCGGGCGAUCCUCAGCACACUAUGUAUGUCUGGAUGGACGCUUUGGUCAACUAUAUGACUGCUCUUGGAUAUCCCCACAUGCAGCCUGGCUGGCCUGCUGAUGUACACAUCGUUGGAAAAGACAUUGUGCGGUUCCAUGCCAUAUACUGGCCGGCUUUUCUCAUGGCGGCUGGUCUCCCACUACCGCGAACUAUCGUCGCACAUUCCCAUUGGACUGUGAACAAAGCAAAAAUGUCGAAAUCCAAAGGCAACGCGAUCAAUCCAUUCCAUGCUUUACAUACGUAUGGGGUCGAUACAAUGCGGUACUAUCUUAUGCGCAUUGGGGGACACAUUGGCACCGACGCUGAUUAUGCACCUGCCUUAUUGGAAGAGCACAAGCGCAAAUUUUUACAAGGCCAGCUAGGCAAUUUGCUUUCGCGGGUACUUGCACCCAAGAUCCAGGCGCGCCUCACGGGCACCGGCCUUCUUCUUGCGCGGCCAACACAUUGGGCAGAGGCAGAAAAGCGCCUUAUCCACGCUUGCACGCACUUGCCGCCGACAUUCGAUGCACAUAUGCAAGCAUAUGAGCCAUCCAAAGCAAUCCAGGCUGUCUUUGAUGUCAUUGCAUUGACCAAUGAGCUCGUGCAGCAUUCGGCACCUUGGUCCACAGACACACCGCUCGAUGCCGUGCAUCGCUGCGUAUUUGCAAGCUGUGAGGCGCUGCGUCUGUGUGGUGUAUUACUCCAGCCCGUGAUGCCCCGUGCGAUGACCACUUUGCUGAAUGAGUUGCAAGUGCCUGCAUCGCAGCGGACAUGGGACUCUCUCUAUGCAUGGCAAUCGCACAUACGUAUGCGGGACACAGCGGAAAAGAUCGCGCCCCUGUUUCCCAAAUAA